AAUGAACCACCCGUCGCUUAUUAUCGAUUUCCCAUUAUCGGGCAUACAUGGGAAUUUGUAACGAAUUGCAAAAAGUUAAUUGCAGAAUCACGAGAAAGGUAUGGCGAUGCAUUUUCGUUAUACGUAUUCGGCCAAUUAAUAACUGUAAUUGGAAAUGAAGAUGAGAUUCACAAGACAUUCAAAAAAGAUCAUGAUUUUGAGUUUAAAGAAAGUACUGAAACGCGACUAGUUAUAAAAUAUGUAUUUCCCUACGCCGCAGUCGAUGUAGAUAAAAGUCUUAAAAGGGUUAGAAAAUUUUUUAAAAUAAACUUAGGCCUUAUCACGAGUAAUGUAAACCAAAGUAUUAUUGAUGGCAUACGUAUUCAUGUUGGCGAAUGUGUUGAACCAAAGCUUGUUAAGAGUCCAAAUGAACUUUUUUUAGCUAUUCUUAGACAGGUAGCAGCGAAUGUUGUUAUUGGUGAACUUUUUCUUAAGAUUUCUUUCGGACCAUCGACAAAAAUUGCUAGUCAAAUUAGACCAAUCGUCGAAAAACGUCUUCAUCUUAAAAAGAAAUUAGGCGACACCUGGGAUGCUCCUUUGGAUACUCUACAACUUCUCCUAGACGAUCCUGAAAUAACUCCAGAUUUCGAUCCAAAUCAUGUAAAUUAUGACAUGAUCGUUGACACACUUGGUCUAUUUGCAUUUGCUGCUAUGGGAACUACGUCUAAUAUGGCUGCCUAUACUUUAGUCGAAUUGGCAAAAAGAAAGAAGGAUUAUUGGCAAGAAUUAUAUCAGGAGGCUCAAGAAAUUAAUAGACAGUGCAAUGGCAAUAUUACAAAUGAGGAUGUUAAUAAAAUGGUAAAAUUGGAUAACUUCAUUAAAGAAACCUUUAGAAUAAAUUCUAAUGUACUUAGUUUGCCACGUCGAUGUCUUUCUGAAACUUAUACGUUUACGAAUGGAUUUCAAGUUCCACGAGGUCGUCAAGUCUUUUUGGACAUUUGCGAAAUAGUUUUUGAUGAAGAAAAUCAGG